AUGGGCGAGGCAGACUUCGAGACCAUGCUUAACUCAUCCCCUGUUCCCCAUUCCCCCAGUGCACCUGUCGACCCCGUCAGCAAGAGGCAGGAGGCGGAGCGGGAGGCCGCGGAGGGAGGAGGAGCGCAGGGCGGCGAAGCUGAAGGUGCAGACACGGCGAACGACGCGCGGAACAGGGUGGGGGAGAUGCCUGGCGGGAUGAAGGGGUGGCAGUGCAGUCUGUUCGCCAGAGGCGAGCUGAAGCCAGUGGUGGUCCGUUUCGUGCAGUUGCCCCUCCCCCCCCCCCCCCACCCACCUGUCGACCCCAUCGUGCUCACUUGGCUGAUGACAGAAAAUCCGUGGGUGGGAGGAGGGGCGGAUGAUAACAAUGGCCGCAAGGGCUUUGCGGGCAGCGUGGGCAGCGACGAGUAUGCGAGGAAGCUGUUUGACGGGCUGGAGGAGGUGGAGGAGGUGGAGGAGGUGGAGGAGGUGGAGGAGGUGGAGGAGGCGGAGGAGCGGCUACUGGCGAACUGGAGAAAGAACGUAUUGCUCGUGAGGAGCGGGAAGCCAAGGAGCACCGCAAGCACAUGCCAAACCCCACUGCACGCCAUACUGCUUCGUGUGCUCCUCCCUCACCGCCCCUUUGCUGCCUCUUCAUUCGCUUCCCCUCCCUACACACGCUUCGCCACACACUUGCAGGAAUUGAGGCGGCAGGAGGCGAAGCUGGUGAUGGAGACAAGAGACGUUUCCAUCACCAGCUCGGUGAGCAAGACAGUCGCAGGGGCAGGCACAUCCCCCCUCCGAUCUCCCCUUUUUUUAACCCCUUUUCUCACAGGCAGCAACGUAGCGGCGGGUGCUGGCAGGGCUGAAGGAGGUCGGGGGGUAGAAAUUCCACCUGUUUUUGCCCCCUUCCCACUUAACCCCCCACGCACACGGAACCAUGAGGUGGCGUGUGCUAGCAGGGUUGAAGGCGGUGGGGCAGGCGGUGCGACGCUAAAGCAGAUCCUCGCUCUCCCCUGCCCCUCCCACUCAACCCCCCAAUACACGCACGAGAGCAGGGAGGGAACUAUGAGGCGGCGGGUGCUGGCAGGGCUGAAGGAGGUGGGGCAGGCGGUGCGCAGUGGGAGGGCCAAGUGUGUGGUGCUGGCGCCUAACGUGGAGGAGGUGAGUGGGGCAGGUGAGGGGAGAAGUCACUCUCAGGUCAUUCUCGGGUCGUUCUCGAGUCACUCUAAUCUCAAGUCAGUUUUCACCUAA